AUGUGUCAUUUUGUAGGAUUUGAUAAAUCAACUUAUGAAUAUUUCUGGGAACUUGCUAAACAAGAUAAGCCAGAUGUAACUGGAGUUAUGGUUAUCGAUGAAUUCGAAUAUUGGGAAAAACUUCCGAACAAUUUCGUCGAGCCGUGGUACAGCAAAACAUGUCACGGGGCCAAGAUAACUGAUAUAAAUGAAUGUGUUAAAAAAGACACUGAUAUUGUGAUCAAUUGUUCAGGCCUUGAUUCAAAGAAAUUAGGAGGUGUUAAAGACGAAAAUCUUUAUCCAGUAAGGGGCCAAUCAGUGACAGUGCAAUCAUGUUUGAAAUGGGCAUGUUUUCGACGAGGUUAUAAUGGAGACCCAGAUAUUGAUGAUAAUGUAGCAGAACAAAUUAUUCAACGAUGUCUUGCCACUCGUCGAGAUCUAUUGCCAGAAGGCAAAACUGAACUAACAAUUAUAGGGCAUCGAGCUGGCUGA